AUGAGGUCAUUAUUUAAACCAAGAACUAAUAACCUAUCAUCUGUGGGGACAACUAUACCUAAAGGGAGUUUUGGGCCUACGUCUACACCUACAACAACACCAGUGACAACAACUACAGGUACUACUACUGCCACAACAGACUUGACAUCACUAUAUCCCACUAUUUCAUCUGGUUCAUCUGCGUCAGUCAUUGUACAUUCCAACAAGUCGCAUGCAUCAUCAUCAAACAGUAGCAGUAACAACAGCAAGAUGACAGCUACUGGUAACUCAUCCACACUGCUAAGUCAACACUGCUUUAUCAAGAAUGGUCAAUUACAAAGGAGUGGUAGUAGUAAAACUACCAAUGACAAACAAAGUAGACCCAGAGUGCCUACUCGUACAUCAUCAUUCUUGACUAAAUUAAAAUCAACUGCAAAGAGAAUAAGAUCAAAUGAUAGUGCAACAACAACAGCUACUACAUCUUCAUCAUGGUGCAAGACCAGUAAAACAACUAAACCUAAUGAAGAAAAUAUCAACAUACAUCCUCAGCCAUUUUCUGUACAUCAGCAACAGCAACAACAACAACAACCACCUCAGCAGCAGACUAGCUCAAUUACUCAAACAGAACAAACAGAACCAACAGCUGAAUCAGAAGCUACAUUUGACAUUGACGAAACCUCAUCAACUGUAUCAUCAGCUCCAUCGUCAAUACUAUCGAAUAUAGCCCGAACUUCAUAUGAUGCAUUUACUGCAACAAACAGUGAACACCAUGCGCACAAUUAUAGCCUCGAUGCUGGUCUUGAUAUGAAUGGCUAUAACUAUGACGAAGAUGAUGAAAUGGGAAGUAUUAUAUCUUUUGAUUCAAUGUUGGGUUCGAAUGAAAUUGAAUUGGAAGACGAAGAUGUAACUUACAUCACUCCAUUGAAUUACAACUACAUGUAUGAGAGUGAAGUGAAUAACAACAAUGCAAAUAAUAAUGAAGGUGGCGAAUUUGAUUAUAGUUUUGAUUAUGAUUACGGUUAUGGAGCUGAAGAAGAGGACGGUGAUGAAUCCUUUGUUAAUGAACGUGAGUUGGAAAGAAGAGAACUCCGAUUGGAAUUGUUGAAGAACUUUUCUUAA